AUGAGCAGAAGAUUUUACAAAUCUACCCCACUUUUCUGCAAGAAAUUCCUGCAUCUCUCCCAUUCAAAGAGAAACGCAAAAAAUCCAUUCCCUCCCCCACCACAACCAGAUCUUCCAUACCUCUCCCUCUUAGAACGAUGCCGAAACAUGACAGAACUGAAGGAAAUCCAUGCCCAAUUCAUCACCCUCGGCCUCGUCCGUUACACCUACAUCACGAGCCGGAUCCUUGCGUUCUGUGCGAUAUCUGAUAAUGGGGAUUUGGAUUAUGCGUUCCACCUUUUCAACCGGAUCGAGCUGCCCACCAUCUUCAAUUGGAACAUCAUGAUCAAAGGCUACUCGAAAAGCUCGGAACCCAAAAAGGGUCUCUUAAUUUUUAUCCGGAUGCGGGCUGAGCGGGUCGAGCCCAAUAUGCAUACUUUCCCCUUUGUGAUCAAGGCGUGUGUUGAUUUGUGUUCGCUGUCUGAAAUUCAUGGGCAGAUUAUGAAGUUCGGUUUUGAUCUUGAUGUCUAUGUAGUCAGUUCUCUGAUCAAGUGUUACUUGAAGUGUGGAGGAGUUGAUCUUGCCCGCCGAGUGUUUGAUAGAAGUCCGAAUAAAAACAUUGUCUCAUGGACGAGUUUAAUUAGUGGGUAUUGUAGCCUUGGGCUAGUUGACGAUGCUCGCCAUGUUUUCAAUGAGAUGCCUGAAAGAAAUGAUGUUUCUUGGAGCGCCAUGAUUUCGGGUUACGUGCAGAAUGAGUGUUUUGAUGAGGCGAUUGGGUUGUUCCGCAAAUUGAGGGGGCAGAUGAAUGUGAAGCCCAACCAGUCCAUUUUGGUGAGCGUUCUUAAUGCGUGUGCUGGUUUAGGUGCUUCAGAAGAGGGGAAAUGGGUGCAUUCUUACAUGGAUGAGAAUGGAAUUGACUAUGGGCUAGAGCUAGGAACUGCACUAGUUGAUUUCUAUUCGAAAUGUGGGUGUGUAGAAAGCGCACAGAAAGUGUUUUAUAAGAUGCCUAGAAAAGAUGUCAUGGCAUGGAGUGCGAUGAUUAUGGGUCUAGCCAUCAAUGGGCACAGUGAUUUGGCUCUUGCGGUCUUUGCUGAGAUGGAGAGAAGUGGAACCAAACCAAAUGAAAUCACCUUUAUCAGCAUCCUGAGCGCAUGUAAUCACGGAGGCCUAGUCGAUCAAGGGUGGGAUUGUUUCAAACUCAUGAUUCAUGUCUAUGGCAUCUCACCUAUGAUUGAACACUACGGGUGCAUGGUCGAUCUGUUGGGCCGUGCCGGGCAUCUGGCAGAUGCAGAGCAAUUGAUCAGCAGCAUGCCCAUGGAGCCCGAUGCCAUCGUAUGGGGGGCAUUGCUUAAUGGGUGCAUCAUGCAUGGGCACGUGGAGUUGGGUGAGAGAGUGGGGAGGCAUCUGAUCAAGCUAGAGCCACGCCAUAGUGGGCGGUAUGUGCUUUUGGCUAACAUGUAUGCUGGCAUGGGUAGAUGGGAGGGUGUGUUGGGCAUAAGGAAGAUAAUGAGGGAGAGGAGAGUGGUGACAGUUCCUGGCUGUAGCUACAUUGAGGUAAAUGGGGUUGUGCAUAGAUUCCUUGUUGAUGACAAAUCACAUUCCCAAUCAAAUGAUGUUUACAAGAUGUUGAAUGAACUCAACAUGGAACUGGUUUCAUCAAGCAAUGGAAGAAUCAUGACUGGAAGUUCAUAG